UGUUGAUUUUUAUAUUAACACUGUGAAAACUGUUUAAUUUUUUAUGUUUGUUUUUGAUUGUUGUGGUGAUUUGAUGAAUUGUGUUUUCUAAUAAGAGAUGUGCAACUAAUGACUAUGCAGGAGAAUAAGUCUUUUUUGAUCAGAGAUCUUCUGGGGGAUGUUCUGAAUAAUUCUAAUGAAGAUUCGGGGGAGGAUGAAACCGAAACGCUGGACCAAACCGAAGAUCAGCACGUUUUCGUGCCCCUGGGAGGUCCUGAGGGCGCCCAAGAUUCUUCGAAAGGGCGGAAACCGAGGAGGAGACGUACAGCUUUCACGCACGCCCAACUGGCAUAUUUGGAACGAAAGUUUAGAUGUCAGAAGUAUCUUUCGGUAGCUGAUCGAAGCGAUGUGGCUGAUGCGCUUAAUUUGUCAGAGACACAAGUCAAGACGUGGUACCAAAACAGAAGGACAAAAUGGAAAAGGCAGAAUCAGCUUCGUCUUGAACAACUUCGCCAUCAAGCGUCCGUCGAAAAAGAACUGCUAUCCAGCGGUUUAAGAAAAACAGGAGUUGAAACGCCGACUUGUUGCCCCAGCUCUGGAUUAAGUCGUUAUGGAGCGCAAUCCCCUUGCAGUUUUUUGAGCACCGCAGCCGCCGCAAUUUUUCACAACGUGACUUACGUUCACGGUUGUCCCAUGUAGAAAAAUUUCUCCUUGUUUAUUUUAUAUUAAUUACUUAAAAUAACAUUUAUUUUUAAAAUGAUACAUAACUAGUUUAUAAGAGUAAGACAUAGAUGAAGUUGUUUUUAAUUGUUG